UUUCUCCCCUCUGGAACGAUGGACAACACUGGCACGAUGAUCUCCACAUAAGUCUGCACUCUCUCACUCUCUCUCUCUCUCUCCUCCUCUUCCUCCUCCUCUGUUGCCGGUGCUGUUCGUGGCUUAGUGCGCGUCUGGACACGGUUGAGGAUGCGAGGGAUAUACGACACGGGAAUAUAUGACAAGUGGAGGGAAUGUGCGGAAUCUCCCUUUUCAGCCCAGUUAAAGAUGUAGUUGUUGUAACGCGUGCACGGGCUCGGGACCAUUGCUCUCCACGUAGGAUCCCUGUUUAGUCGGAGCAAGUGCUUGCAAGCUGGCGGAUAUCUUUCCAACCGCGGACUGUACGCGCUCCGGUGCCGAGAAGGUUUUCGUGCCGAAAUGACUGAAAUGUCUCAAAGUCAGUGUGCUGCCUUGGUUGGUGAAGACCAGCCCCUCUGCCCAGAUUUACCUGAACUUGACCUCUCAGAGCUGGAUGUCAGUGACUUAGAUGCAGACAGUUUCCUGGGCGGCCUCAAAUGGUACAGUGACCAAUCAGAGAUCAUUUCUGCUCAGUAUGGGAACGAAGCGGCCAAUCUUUUUGAGAAGAUAGAUGAAGAAAAUGAGGCCAACUUGCUGGCAGUGCUUACAGAGACCCUGGACAGCAUCCCGGUGGAUGAGGACGGAUUGCCUUCGUUUGAGGCCCUGGCAGAUGGGGACGUGACCAAUGCCAGUGACCAGAGCUGUCCCUCCUCUCCCGACGGCUCACCGCGCACCCCAGAGCCCGAGGAGCCUUCCCUGCUGAAGAAACUCCUUCUGGCACCCGCAAACUCCCAGCUCAGCUAUAAUCAAUACACAGGUGGCAAGGCACAGAACCAUGCAGCCAGCAGCAACCACCGGAUCAGACCACCACCUGCCGUCGUCAAGACGGAGAGCCCCUGGAACGGCAAAGCAAGAGGGGGCUCCAGCCAACAGAACCGCCCGGUGAGGCGGCCCUGCACCGAGCUGCUGAAAUACCUAACCGCCACCGAUGACAUUCUCCUCCACGCCAAAGCCAGCGAAGCCAAGAGCGCCUGGGGGGGUGCCAGUAGCAGGGAGAAGAGUGGCAUGGGUCUCGGUGCCUCUUCUUCCUCCUCUUCACCGUCCUCGUCAUCCACCUCCUCGUUCUCCUCCCUCUCCUCCACCUCUUCCUCCUCUUCCUCUACCACCUCCAAGAAGAAGCCGGCUGUGCCGUCUCAUCAACAGCAGCAGCAGCAGCCGCCACAGCAGCAUCACCAGCGAGGUGAGAGCCGGGCUGGAGGCGAGUGUAGUAUGGCUGGUCUUGGGGCUGGGAAGUGGCAGCGUUGCACUCACGAUGACGGGUUUGAGGAGUCGGAGGGUGCUACUAUCCCUGUUGGCCACAGAAGCUCCGCCUGCGGCCAUGCCCGCCCCAAACUGGAGCACGGGCCGCCCAGUGAAGAAGGAAGGCCGCCAGGCGAUGCGGGCCGCCUGGCCGCCGCUAGGUUUAUUAGUGACUACAAGGGAUCACCGUUUGAGAACAAAACCACUGAACGCACAUUAAGUGUGGAGAUUGCUGGAACUCCAGGUUUGACACCACCUACCACGCCCCCACACAAAGCCAGUCAAGAGAAUCCUUUCAAAGCAUCUCUCAAAACCAAGUUGUCUUCAUGUUCCUCCUCGGCCUUGGCAUGCAAAAGAGCCAGGCUGAGUGAGUUGGGCCCCGGCGCUCUGGCCCCGGCCCCAGGUGCCUCAGGCAGGGGCCCCACCAGGAAGGGUCCUGAACAGACUGAGCUUUACGCCCAGCUGAGCAAAGCAACCACCACCCUCCCUUACUCCGUCACUCAACACGCAGUGGGGGGCGGCCUUGAGGAGUAUCGCAGCACCGGCAACACUAAGCGGGCAACGCCCCGUAACUACAGCGACCAUGACUAUUGCCAGGCAACAGCUGGUAAUAAGAAGGAUGGGGGCUCAGCCACUGUUACCACAACCGCAGCUGUGAAAAUGACAUUCACCUCAGGUGCCACUGAUGCUCCAGUGCCUGCUGAAGGUAAAGUGGAGAGCAGGCAUGUGGAAUGUAAGGAUUCAGCCAUGCCACCGUCAUCUUCAUCAUUUCCUCCAUCAUCAGCUUCACCUGGUUUUUUGGCUAAACAGCAGAAUUUUGGGUCUGUGGAUGGAGAGGCGGGCCAGGUCCGGGGGUUAGGGGAGCACGCCCUCACACAAACCGCUCAGAUCCCCUCACAAGAGGCCACUAUUGACAGGGACCAACACAAUCUUUGCGCCACCAGCCGAAAGCUCCUGUGCGACCAGGAAAUCCGAGCAGAACUUAACAAGCACUUUGGCUACCCUUUGCAAGCCCUCUACACCCCGGGUAGCCAGGAGAAAGAAUCAAGCAGCAAAACGAACAAUGCUACAGCUCCUCAGUCCCUCGAGGGGGGAGAGAAUGACUGCUACCCCCAGAGGCUGCCUGCCUCCAGCUACCUUCACCCGGGGUUUCUGGCCUUCCACGACGAACUAGAGCUGGACGAGAGCCGUGAAAGUCGCUUCCUCUUUCCAUGGGAGGGCACCCCUCUGGAUCUACUCUUUGACUGCGCCGCCUGCUCUCCCUCUUCUUCCCCACCAUCCAGCUGCUCCCCUUCACGAGGCUCUGUCUCUCCACCUUCCUCCCUGCUCCUGUCACCCAGCAGACCUUCCUGCUGGGCCGGCAGCGGGUCCCGCUCCCGUUCCCGUUCCCAGUCUGGGUCCCGCAGCUCCUCUUCACGAUACCGCAGGCGCUCUCUCUCCAGCUCACCCGAUAGACGCCCGUCCUCCUGGUCUCGUCACAGCACAGAUUUGAAUGCUUUUCGUUCCAGGAAUCACAAGAGCCCCCACCCCCAGCCUCGAUCUCCUCUGAGCCGCAGGCCAAGGUAUGACAGCUACGAGGAGUACCAGCACGAGAGGCUGAAGAGGGAGGAGUACCGCCGGGACUUCGAGAAGCAGGAGUUCGAGAGGGCCGAGCAGCGAGAGAGACAAAGGCAGAAAGCAGUUGAGGAGAGACGAGUGGUGUACGUGGGGCGACUGAGGUCCGACUGCACCCGGACGGAGCUGAAGCGCCGCUUUGAACUCUUCGGUGAAAUAGAGGAAUGCACAGUGAACUUAAGGGACGAUGGGGACAAUUUUGGCUUCAUCACGUACCGCUACACUUGUGACGCCUUUGCCGCCCUUGAGAAUGGACACACCUUACGCAGGUCAAACGAGCCCCAGUUCGAGCUGUGCUUCGGCGGACAAAAGCAGUUCUGCAAAUCACAUUACACAGACUUGGACUCCCAUUCAGACGACUUCGAUCCAGCCUCCACAAAAAGCAAGUACGACUCCAUGGAUUUUGACAGUUUGCUGAGGGAGGCCCAGCACAGCCUGAGAAGGUAACCUGUUCAGUGGCACCUGCUGUCUGUCACAAAGAGGGACUUCUGAUACCUCACGGUGGUUUCUCGCUCCUUUGAUGACGAGACUACCAGAAGUUUUACACUCUGUCAAAGAGUAUAUAAGAAUAAGUCUAUAGACCUAUAUCAAUAUAAAUGAAUAUAUCAAAAAUAAAGUUUACAUGAACAUAGCUGCUGAAGAGCUGGGAAGAGACAUUGCAUUCUGGGAAGCCAGUGAACCCUCAGAAUCUGCACGGGUUUGGUGCACUCUACUGCUGAAAGAAGAAAAAGAACUUUAUUUUUUCUUUCUUUCUUUUUGUUUUUCUUUGUUUUUUUGUUGUUGUUGUUGCUCCAAGCACUACAAUACCCACAAUUCUUUUUGGGGGGGAGGAAGUGAAAACACGCAGCUUGUUUGGCCAGAUUUAUUUUUUUUUUGUUUUCUUGUUUGUUUGUUUAUUCUUUCCUCUUUUUUUCCCCCCUUUUCGAUCUGGUGUUUGGAUCCGGUGUUACAUCGCAAACAAAGAGUUUGGUGAAAUUCUCAAGGUAACAUCAUUGUCUACAUUUAACGGAGAAUUGUAGCUGUGUAUUUACAAAUACUAUAAAAAAAAAAGGAAUAUUUUUAUUUUAUGUACAUAUCAAAGUUCUUUAUUUGUUACAGCUAUGCACUGUAAAACGCAGCCUUUUUUAAAAAUGCGGAGAACAUUUCUUAAUUCAGAAUGUCGAUCUGUAGUGAUUACAAUACUGUAAAAACAUUAUUGUACACCUACAUGUGUAGAAGACAUGAUAUGAUUGUAGAAAAAAAAACAGAAGAAGAAGAAGAAAAAAAAGAUGUGUCCGAAUGCUCAUUUUUGGGAGAGCAUGUGAACAUGUGUCUUUUUUUUUUUUAAGUUAUUUUUUUGUGGGAGAAAAAGAAACAGUCAACCAUGUAUAGUUUAUGUCUGUUUUUAAAGUUUCUCAAUCAGUGUUUUUUGCUUAUACAGCCACUGUAAAAUGCAUUUUUAACGUCUUUUUCAUGAUUGUAAAGAACGUUAGCCCAUUUUUUAACCCAAUUGUUUCAUUCAUAUAUAUAUAUAUAUGGAUAUAUAUAUAUAUAUGUAUGAAUGUGGCUUUGCAUGGUUCUUGUUUGAUUACCUUCAAAGAGAGAGAAAACUGUAUUCACAUCUUUUCAAUCAGUGUAAACACAUAUUUAUCUAUUUAUUUUAAUAUUUGAAUCAGAAAAAAAAAAUAUUUAUGGACUCCUCACUGAACGUGGUGUACCUCAUGAAAUUUAUUUGCUAUUUAUGUUAUGUCCUUUGAUUUGUGUUAUUUAACUCGCAAUCACUAGACAGGGUGUACAAUAAAUGGUUUGGUGGGGAUAAUAUUACCUUCUAUGCCUUUCCGAAACAAUCAAAACAUUCAGCUAAUCAGUCCAGCGGUCAGCCUCUCACCCCUUUAGUAAUUCGCCUCCCCUAACAGUCAGAUCUGCAGCGCAUAAAUCUUUUUUGGUUCAUUUCUUUUUCUUCCGUUUGUUUGUUUUCCUCCCGUACAAACACAGAACAUGAAGCAAUAAAAUGAUUUUGCAGGAAUUUCGUUGUACCGUUGUGAACACACACACAAACGCGCACACACACACGUCGUCAUCGCUCCACUCACGCUUGAUUAUGUGAAUGCCAAACAAAAGUUUACAAUUUCCUUUUCCUGAAUUUUUUAAAAGAUCUUGUAUUUGAUGUACAAAAUAUAUAUAUAUAUAUAUAUAUAUAUAUACUACUAAUAUUAUUCACAAUAAUGACAAGAUGAUUAAUGAUAAUAAUAUAAAUGAAAGGAAAAAAACUAUAUAAAAAGCAAUAAAUUAUUUUUCAGAGUUGUAUUUUAGCUCCUAUUGUUGUGUGAUUUUUGGACUUGACCCAUUACCCAGUCGCUGGUAGGUAGGAUGACUCCAUUCCCCCCAGCAUCUCGGCAUUUCGUCACCGUGGCGUGACCUUGCGCGGUAAAACACUUGAAUAUGUCGUCGCCCACCCGCUCUUCCCUUUAAGACGUAACCGAGUCUGUGUAUGUCGUAAUGCACGCGUUACUUUGUGACAUCAGUGCACAUGUGACCGGCUCUUAACCCCACCCCCGUGUGUUAAAAAUGUGUUGAGUUGAACGUGUUUGUUGUGUUAGUGCAUGGCUAUUACAGGACGACAUGCCGGUACGGUGUUUACACCACUUUGGAUAACUGCCUCUCAGCUCUUAACUUGGCAGAUUUUAAAUGACGCUCUAUAAAGCCUAGUAGAAGAAGAAGAAAAAAAAAUCUACUCAACAAUGUAUCGCAUGCUGCACCCCUCCUCCCCACUCACACACACACACACACACACACACAGUCCAGAUAUCACAGCGCCGUCGACAUGACAUAAAAGGUAACCUUGCGGUUUCUGGUUCAAUUAAUAUCCCGUUUCGAGCGCGAGCCAAGUAAUGAGAGAACCGGCUUCCAUCACAGGAAGGAAAAAAAAAAUCUUUUGUAUAAAAGCUUUGCUGAUCACAGGCUUCCUUUCAUCGAGUUUGAUUGUGGAGACAAGAAACGGCUAAUUUUGGUGAUGCAAAGAGGCAAAAAUUGGUUGAGGGAUGGAUUUCCCCCCCAAAAAAUAAAAGAAAGAAAGAAAAAAAAUCCCUUUACCUGUGUUUUUUAAGACAUUGUUUUACUUUUUUGCUGUCUGUAUAGCGUUUGGGUAAUGGUGUCGUGUCCCAUUUGAUAGAUGUGGCUUUAAUCAUUGUAAUAAUAAAGAAAAAAAAAUGCUUUGUAAAUUGCCUAGAGUAGCAAUAUAUUAUAACACCUUAUGGUUCAAAUUUCAACUGUGGCGGACUUUUUAAUAAUAUGGACGACAUUGCCACUGCUUAAACGUUUGUUGGGUAGUCAUGUUUUCUUUUUUCUUGUUUUUUUUUUGGAAGGACAAUAUGUUUAUUGGAAAAUGUAUGCGUGUGUGUGUUUGUGUGUGAGUUUCUGGAAAUGUAUGUCUGUGUGUGUGUGUGUGUGUGUGUGUGUGUGUGUGUGUGUGUGUGUGUGUGUGUGUGUGUUUGUGGGGGGAGGGAGGGGAGGGCCAAGGGGUCGCUGUGGGUUGUUACCUGUUUGUGUCCUAUCCACGUUGCCUUCUGCCAAGUCCUUACCAAUGCCUUUGUGGUUCUACCUAUUGUACGACUUUCUUGUGAAUUUUAUUUUUUAUGUGCAAUUCUCAUCAGCCUCACCAUGCCAAUAAAGGGAAAUGUGUUUGAAAAAAACAAAA